UUCCCUUAUUUAUUUCUCUUUCACCUCUCUCACCGUUUUUUUCCUCUUCCGGCCCUCUAACGUUAAUCCCGGUAAACCACCACGCGGCGGCGACAGCCUCUUCUCCGGCAAGAAACGUGCGGACGGCGGUGGCACUGAACGAGAUCUUUGUAUAUGACGAAACCCACGGUAUGACAAACCUACUCACUGCGACGGAACCAACGCUGAACUCCCCGUUUCAUCUGCGCACCGUCUCGAUCUUUCUCUAUUCUAAAUUUCGAAUUGAAAGACAAUUGUCUACAACAUUGUCCGCAGCUCAAUAGAGAAAAUCCAUGAUGUAAUUAUGGCAUUCACUGCUCCUAUCAAUACCCAAUUGGAUUCUCUUCCGGUGUGGAUGACGAGCAUUAGCUGGGGACUCUAUGCGCUAGCAUUAGUUGAUUGAAUUGGAGAUCUAUCGUUUGUUCUUAAAUGGCUUGGUUUAGUGGGAAGGUUUCUUUGGGUAACUUUCCGGAUCUUGCUGGCGCGGUAAAUAAGCUCCAAGAGAGCGUGAAGAAUAUUGAAAAGAAUUUUGACUCUGCUCUUGGGUUUGAAGAGGAGCCGGAGUCGGAGCCCAGCAGCGAUGCUCCUGGAUUCUGGCAAUCAGCUACAGAAGGGAAAACACUCUUUGAUCCAGUCAGGGCAUUAAUUGGGCAGAAUAAAACUGAUGAAAGUUUAGUAGACGAGUCAUCAAGUGAAUCACAAUCUUCACUAAUUCCCACAGAAGUUGGGGAAUCAUCAGAGAAACAGGACUCUUCACAGCUUCAAUAUGAUUUGAAUAAAAAGGAAGGCAUUGAAACUCAGCAGCCAGUUCCUUCGUCUUUAAGGGAAUCAAGUGCUCGAAAAGUUGAAGUGCCCACAGAACAGGAUGAUGAAAGACCAGACGACGUACAAAAGGAAAGUCAAGGAGAAGCAGAGUCCGAAUCAUCAGUCCCUCCUAUUGAAGUUCUUGGGUCUUCUGUCCAGAAUAAUGACGUGUCAGAAUCCCUUGAUAAAGCCGAUCAUGAUUCACCAAGAAUGUCUGUCGAAAGUCCUGAACCCACUGCAGAAAUUUCAGACUACACUCACAACUUACAGCCGAAAGAGUUUUCAGAAAUGGAAACUUCCAUACUUCCAGAGUUAGAUACCAAGUCAGAAGCAACUGAUAUAUAUCAAGAUGAAGGAAGUAAUGAGCUGUUGGUUCAAUCUCUGAGUUCUUUUGAUGUGCAUAACAGAUGUAAUGAACAGAUAUCGCUAGCAGAUAGGAUAAAUGAACCAAUGGUUGAGGUCGAAACUACUGAUAAAUUGAAAACAGAAGAAAAGGAGGUCUUAAAAACGAUUCCUCAUACUGUAUCCGAGUCUUCUGAUGAUAAUCAGGGUGAAGGUGGUAGUGAUACUUCUAGCAUACAUUCUGGUAGCACUGAGGUAAAAGAAGGUCCUCGUGAAGUUUCUGCAAGUGAAUUGUCCAAUGCACCUCUUUUUGAUGAGGCUUUUCUGCGCACUUCUAAUUCAGAUUCUCAUGAAAGUGAUCUAGCAAUUAAAGCAACCGAAACGAAUCAGCAACUCCAAGGUAGUGAGAAAGAAGCUAAAGAGCGAGAUUUCAGCUCAGAGGAAAAUACACCUACUAAUUUAGAUUCUAUGCAUGAACUAGAGAAGAUGAAGGCUGAAAUGAAAAAGAAGGAAACAGCAUUGCAGGGUGCAGUAAGACAAGCUCAGGCAAAGGCUGAUGAGAUAGAGAAAUUGAUGAAUGAAAAUGAGCAUUUGAACACUGUGAUCGAGAAAUUGAAGAAAAAGUCCAGUGAUGCGGAAAUUGAGUCAUUGCGAGAGGAAUACCAUCAGAGAGUCUCAACUCUUGAAAGGAAGGUUUAUGCUCUUACUAAGGAGAGGGACACACUUAGGAGGGAGCAAAAUAAAAAAAGUGAUGCGGCUUCUCUUUUGAAGGAAAAAGAUGAAAUAAUUAAUCAAGUUAUGGCAGAAGGUGAGGAGCUCUCAAAGAAGCAGGCUACUCAAGAAUCUCAUAUUAGGAAAUUAAGGGCCCAGAUCAGAGAGCUUGAAGAAGAGAAGAAGGGACUAAUGACCAAACUUCAGGUGGAAGAAAAUAUAGUAGAUAGCAUCAAGAGGGACAAAACUGCUACCGAGAUGUUGCUGCAAGAAACAAUAGAAAAGCACCAAACAGAACUAGCAGCACAGAAAGAGUACUAUACAUCUGCCUUAACUGCUGCCAAGGAGGCUGAAAAUUUAGCAGAGGCACGUGCAAACAGUGAAGCCAGAUCUGAGCUAGAAAGUCGUCUUAGGGAGGCUGAGGAUCGUGAAACAAUGCUAGUUCAGACACUUGAAGAAUUAAGACAAACUUUAAGUAGAAAGGAACAGCAGGCUGUCUUUAGAGAAGAUAUGCUUCGCGGGGACAUUGAAGACCUUCAAAAGCGUUACCAAGCAAGUGAGCGACGUUGUGAGGAGUUGAUCACUCAAGUCCCAGAGUCUACAAGGCCUCUACUAAGGCAGAUUGAAGCAAUACAGGAAACAACUGCUAGAAGGGCAGAAGUGUGGGCUUCUGUUGAAAGAUCUCUUAACUCUAGGCUUCAGGAAGCAGAAGCCAAAUCUGCUGCUGCCGAAGGAAGAGAGCGAUCUAUAAAUGAACGCUUGUCCCAAACCUUAUCUAGAAUUAAUGUUCUUGAGGCGCAGGUUUCAUGUCUCAGAGCAGAACAGACCCAGUUAAGCAAAACACUUGAAAAGGAGAGACAGCGAGCAGCUGAAAUCAGACAGGAGUGUCUUGCAGCAAAAGAGGAAGCUGACACUCAAGAGGGUCGUGCCAAUCAACUUGAAGAAGAAAUCCAGGAUCUUAGAAGGAAACACAAGGAAGAGUUGCAAGAGUAUCUGAGGCAUAGGAAGCUGCUGCAGCAGGAGAUUGAAAAGGAGAAAACUGCCAGAAUGGAUUUGGAGAGGAAAGCUCAUCUCCAUUCUACUGCUGCGUCUGAUAAUAGUUCCAUAAAAAGGCAGAAUUCGAUGUUUGAGCAUGGUGACUUGGCCCGGAAGCUCUCAAGUUCUAGUAGCCUCGGAAACAUGGAGGAAAGCUAUUUUCUUCAAGCAUCUUUAGGCUCGUCUGAUAGAAAAAUCACUGGGGACAUAGCCAUGGGUCCAUACUAUAUGAAGAGCAUGAAUCCUAGUUCUUUUGAGGCUGCCCUUCGUCAGAAGGAAGGGGAACUUACAUCUUAUGUCUCUCGACUGAAAUCAAUUGAAAUGAUCCGUGACUCUCUUGCUGAGGAGCUAGUGAAACUGACCUCUCAGAGUGAGAAGUUAAGGGCAGAGGCUGGUAUGUUACCAGGCAUACGAGCAGAACUUGAAGCACUGAGGAGAAGGCACACUGCUGCGUUAGAACUCAUGGGAGAACGUGAUGAGGAGCUGGAGGAACUUCGUGCAGAUAUUGUUGACUUGAAGGAGAUGUACAGAGAACAAGUAAACUUGCUUGUGAACAAGAUUCAGGUAAUGAGUUCAUCAAUGGGUACAGCCUGAUAAGUGACUUCAUAUAGCGCCCAACAAAGCUAAGCGAGUGGUUAAAACUCGGCCAUUAAGAUUGAGAUGGGCGGCAUUGAGAUUAAGAUGGUUGGUAUUGAUAUUUUUGUGCAUGGACUGAAUACUUGAACGGAAACUACAUUUUUGAAAGUGUUACACACAAGUUCCAAUAGCGUUGUAUUUGACAGUAUACCUUCAUUUUUAGUGUACAUUAGAGAAUCGAGUGAUAGUUUCAAGACGUUAAUAAGAUUCCAUUUUGGCCUUACCAAAAGUUGCUAAAUCAAUAUCCAGCUGUGUAUAGGUUUAAAUCUUUGAUCAGAGUAGAGAUUUGUAAGAACUUGGUAUCCCAUUGUUGCUUUUGAUGGAAAUGAAGAACAAUGUAUUUGAUCUUUGAAGCUGUAGACAAUCAAGGCAAACAAAAUUCAAAAUA